ACACGUCAUAUUCCCCGGCUGCAGCUUUUGCCACACGCAAGAUGGCGGCCGCUCAGGAGCGGAUAUCGGGCUGUUGAAGCGACUUCCGCUGUAACAAACAGCAUGGCGGCGUCCAGAAAGUCCACGCUUGACAAAUCCACGGAGGGGUUUGAGGAACAGACGGGGGGGCCGAAAGCAAAGAGGCGGCGAGAGAAGAGACUGAUAGUCCUGCUGGAGGGAGCGUGUCUGGAGACUGUGCGGGUGGGAAAGACGUAUGAACUUCUCAACUGUGAUCAGCACAAAUCCCUCCUGAUAAAGAAUGGGAGGGACCCGGGCCAGGUCCGACCGGACAUUACACACCAGAGUUUGCUGAUGCUCCUCGACAGUCCUUUGAACCGGGCCGGAUUGCUGCAGGUUUAUAUCCACACCCACAGGAAUGUCCUGAUAGAGGUUAAUCCCCAGACGCGGAUACCCCGAACCUUCCCCAGGUUCUGUGGCCUGAUGGUUCAGCUGCUGCACAAGUUAAGUGUCCGAGCUGCUGACGGCCCCCAGAAACUUCUCAAGGUUAUUAAGAACCCCCUGACGGAUCACCUGCCUGUAGGCUGUGUUAAGAUGGCUAUGUCCUUCUCGGGAGAGAGCGUCCCCUGUGUGAGAGACUUGGUCCCUUCCAAUGAGCCGGUCCUGUUUGUGGUGGGAGCUUUUGCUCAUGGAUCGGUCAAUGUGGAUUUCACAGAACGCUGCGUUUCCAUCAGUCAGUACCCACUCUCUGCUGCCCUCACCUGCGCCAAGCUGUGUACUGCAUUUGAGGAGGUUUGGGGGGUUCAGUGAAGAAGAAGGGGGACACCUCACAUGUGUACAUAUCACUCCCAGAAUUCCCCUGCCUACCCCUACAGGGUGUCCUUCGACAAAGAACUUUAUUUGUAAGAACAACACAGAGGACAUGUGAAUGAUGCAAAGGGAUUGGUGGGGCGAAGAGGAGGAGGAGGAGGACUACGGGCAGAGCUGUGCCAGGCAGGUGAUUUAGAUUCACCCAGUGGGACCCAGAGCUCUAGGGAAGGGUGGCUAACCUACUGAACUGAACUGGGCAAACUUCCUGUUGGUUUUACACUAUUCCUCUGCCAUUAAAAUCAACAUCUUUCAUUCA